CAUUGUACAUGUAUAAGAAUCAUGGAGUACAAAAUCAAGUUAGACGAGCCAAAUUUAUCUAUGAAUAAUUAUCAUUUAAUUCUUGAGCCCUGUGUUGAACUUGUUUGUAAGCCAUUUGAUGAAUAUUUGGAAACACACACGAAUUGCCCUAUCAAUUUAGUGGACUUUGGAACAUGCGAGAGACAAACAUUCCUUCCGUUUUUAGAAUUGUUGAUUGGACAUAUUCGAAGAUCGUCUACAUCACAAGAAAUAGUGGUGACCUUUCACGAUCAAUAUACAAAUGAUUUCAACGCCUUAGCGAGGAAUAUAACAGCAUUUCAGAAAGCAAUGAACGACCCUCUUCUCCGAAUGUACAUCAUCCCAGGGAAUGUUUAUAGACAGUGUUUGCCUAAUUCCAGCAUUGAUUUAGGCAUUUGUUCUUUUGUGAUACAAUGGUUAUCUGAACCUAUAAAAUUGGACAAACAUAUCUUAUAUGUUCCUGGUGAAACGGAAAACGAAGCAGAAAUCAAGCGUAUUUCCGCUCAGGACUGGAUGGAUUUUCUAAUGAAAAGAUCCAUGGAGAUGAAGAAAGGUUCCCUUUUCCUUGUGAAUAUCAUGUGUGGAUCUUCAGAAGUAUGGACGAUAUUGUCUAAUGAAUUUUAUCAACUUUAUGAAAGAGAUAUAAUAUCCAAGGAAGAUUUGCGUAACACCACUAUACCAGUUAACACAUUUAGGACAGAGGCUGAAUUCAUAGCACCAUUUAAGGAUAGUACACAAGAGUUGGGACUUCAGCUUCUGCACAUCUCAAGAAGACCAACUAAGUUGUACGAAAAUAAGGACAUCGUGAGCGGACUUAAGCCAUGUGUGUUUUACAGUUUAAUGUCUGGACUUAGCAAGACAAGAGGAGCACAGGAAGUUCAGGAAAUCUGUGACCUAUAUUUCCAAAACUUAAAGCAUCGCUUCUCAAGCUGGAAAUGCUUUGACGUUUUUAUUUGUGAUGUACUUUUUCAGAAGCUGUGACAAUUUGAGUAAGCGAUUUUUAAAAUAAACCUUUAAGUUAUAAUUGCUGAAGUCGGUUACUAAUACACAUGAAGAGAUCAUAUACAUGUAUUGAUUAAAUUUUGUCAUUUUGAA